AUGGUUCAGACAUGCCAGGCCCUGGACAAUGUACGCCCGCUUUGGGCAAACCAGGGACUUCAGUACCACAAGAAGAUCAUUCUUUGGGAUUCAAUAGUGGGACAAAGUGACCCCUCCACGAAGUCGAAAACCGCUAGUUCUAUACAGGAGCCUGAAGCCCGGACACUCUCCCAGCUCUACGCACCUUGGGACGAGGAUAGGCGGGGUAGGAACGGCCACCAGAUGCCUGAAUGGAAUGUCAACAAUGAGCAAGUUCAGGAGCUGUUGAAAACUUUGCAGUCAACUCCAGGUCACAUCGCGACUUCUGCCUACCUUCAUGAGGAACAAGAGAGAGAAAUUGCAUGCGAGGUGGAGCGAGAAGAACAGAUUUCGCGGCCCCCAUCAUACGAGCCUGAAGACCACAACCUCCACGACGAUAUCCGGUAUUUCGCCAAUUUCGGCAAGUUCCGUGAUAAGAAACCAUCCAAGGCUGUUACAUUGGCUUUCCAGGGUCUGGAAAAUACAUCUGCUGGGAAAGAGAACCAUCCACGUCUGCUUGGGCCUAGAUUGUAUUCCACUGUAGACUUCAACCAAACCGUGAAAAUUUCCAAGAAUAAUGUUAUGGAUGAUUUCUGCACGCAGGUGAAUUGGAUUUUAUCCAGUGUCCACAGCGAUGUUCUGAUUAUCGUGAGUCAGUACGAAGCUAAUGAGCUCAUCAAUAUCGUUCGCAAAUCAGAGAACGUCAGACUUAACAUCUACGCCCCGCGGCUAACGAAGCCCAUGCGGUCGUUCCGCUACCUUGACUUCUUUGGCGUUGGCGCAAACAUUCCAACGCAGCCUGACGACACAAUGACACGGUGUCUGGAGAUGUUCUCUGGGAGCCUUUACUUCAGCUCAUUUGAAGAUUACAACGAUUUCCGUUCCUUCUUGGAGCUUCUUACAGAUAACCUUGGUGGGAUUCCAGACGAUGCCAUGACCAAUGAGGGAUUCGUCAAAUACUUUUCCCGCAUGCAACUUCAAUGGCCUAUCGACUCACCCUUUGUUGAAAAUCCGAUUCCGUUCCUCGGUGCCCUGAUUCAUAUUCGAACCAAAGGAAUGGGAUACCAACAAUCUCACGUCGGCACACUCGUCAAAACCAUGCCAUUGAGUGCUGAACGAUUUUGA